CAAACAUACCUCUCAAAGCUGUCCUCUUAUGCCCUGCCUCGGCUUGGCAUUUGGCUACUACUCGACAUGGUGGUAAACUGACUUCGUGAAUUUAAAGACUUGAGAGUGGCGAUAGCUAGCUAUUUAGCCAGUGCCUAAAUAGCUAGCUAUCUAGCUAGCCGUAUUCGUUUGAAUAAGAUGGAGGGAUUCUGCAGACUACGGUGGACCUCUACCAUCGUCCCCAUCCUCCUGCUGCUGCUGCUUGGUGACCAGGUGCGGAGUGGCCCCGAGCUGGAACCGUACAAGAUCCUCGGUGUGAGCAGGAGUGCCAGCCAGACCGACAUCAAGAAGGUUUACAAACGUAUGGUCAGAGAGUGGCAUCCAGAUAAGAACAAAGACCCUGGAGCAGAGGACAUGUUCAUCAAGAUCACUAAGUCUUAUGAGAUCCUGUCCAAUGAGGAGCGCAGGUCCAACUACGACCGCUACGGCAAGAUGGACGCCAGCCAGCCGAUGGGCCAGCAGCCUCAGGGCUUCAGACAUUUCCACGACAGUUUCUACUUCGACGAGUCCUUCUUCCACUUCCCCCGGUCGGGACGCGACUUCUCCGACAGCAAAUACCUGCUGAGCCACGCCCAGUACAACAGCGAGGUGCUGGCCGACAGCUACAAGAGGCCUUACCUCAUCAAGGUCACCUCCGAGUGGUGUUUCGCCUGUGUUCACAUCGAGCCGGUGUGGAAGGAGACGGUUAAUGAGCUGGAGGCACUGGGCAUCGGCAUCGGCAUCGUGGACCUGGGGUACGAGCGGCGCCUGGCCAGCCAGCUGGGGGCCCACCGGGCGCCCUCCGUCCUGGGCCUGCUCAACGGCCGCGUCACCUUCUUCCACCAGGCCGUGGUCCGCGAGAACCUCCGCCAGUUCAUCCACGACCUGCUGCCCCCGAGGCAGGUGGAGAAGAUCACAGAUGAGAACUCUGAGGCGUUCCUGGGUGGCUGGCGCGUGGAGAACAAGCCCAGCGUGCUACUGUUUGACCAGGUUCCUGCUGUGUCCCUUAUGUACAAGCUCACAGCGUUUGCCUUCAGGGACUACGUGCGUUUUGGCUACGUAGACCAGGGUUUGACCCAGACGUCCCGCCUGCUGCGCCAGUUCAACAUCAACACCUACGCCCCCACCAUGCUGCUGUUCAAGGAAAAUACAGAGAAACCUUCUGACAUCAUCCAGGCCAGAGGGAUGAAGAGGCAGAUUAUGGAUGAGUUUGUCUCCAACAACAAGUUUCUGCAGGUGCCCCGGCUGCUCAACCAGAAGCUGUUUGAUGAACUCUGUCCCAUCAAGCAGUUCCACAGGCGCAGGAAGUUCUGUGUCCUGCUGAUCACCGGGGAGGAGCCGACGUUCGUCCCAGGGAAUGAGGCCUUCCUGGCGUUUGCGGCGGCCAACUCUAAAGAAGUGCUCCGCUUUGCCUAUGUGCACCAGCGCCAGCAGCAGGCGCUCUGCCAGGUGCUGCUCAACAACCAGGCCUCUCUGACACCUCAGGUGGUAAUGCUUGAGAGGCGGAGCCAGACAGGCAGGGUGAUGUAUCGCUCUGUGAUUGGCGGUUGGAACGGCAGCGAGGAGGACAAGCUCCGCCUCCAGGAUCAGCUGGAGCUCCUGCAGAGAGACCCCGCCUACCUGAGCUAUGACACCACGCUACCCCAGCUCAACAACGAGCUAGCCCCGGUGUUCCUCAUCCAGUGGAUGUACACAGCUUCAGAUUACUUCCUUCAGAUCUAUGAUGACUUGCUGUACUCCAAUUGGAGAGAGAUGAUGCCUAUCCUGUCCCUGAUCUUCUCUGCUCUGUUCAUCCUGUUUGGAACUGUCAUCAUCCAAGCGUUCAGUGACUCUGGUGAGGACAAGCCCCAGAAACCCAUGGCCAAGGAGCCCCCCAAGACUGAGGGUUCCUCGGAAGCUCCCCCCAGACACCACACCUCCAGUCGUCCCCCAAAGAAGGACUUUGUGGAGGUGACGGAGCUGACUGACAUCACCUACAGCAGUAACCUGGUGAAGCUGCGGCCCGGCCACAUCAAUGUGGUGCUGGUGCUCUCCAACGCCUCCAAGAACGCCCUGCUCAAGAAGUACGCCAAGGAGGUGUUCUCCUUCUCUGGGACUCCCACGCUGCACUUCUCCUUCCUGAAUGCCGACAAGCACCACUCCUGGCUGCCCUCGCUGCUGAGCCGCUCCCCGAACAGGGCGCGGGGCCACGGUGAGGAGGACGAGGAGGAGGAGGAGGAGGAGGGGAGCAACGCCACACCCAGACGGCCCAGAGACUACACCGGCCACGUGCUCGCCCUCAACGGCCACAAGAAGUACUUCUGCCUGUUCCGGCCCGUGUUCACCGGGGAGGCGGGUGAGGGCCUGGCCUACACCGGGGGAUCCUCCCGCAGAGAGUCCCGCUCACGCUCCCGGUCCCGGUCAAGGGAGGAAGGGGGAAGGGCGGGAAGGGCCACCAGCCUGGAGGUGCAGCACAAGCUGGACCGGCUGGGUCUGUGGAUGGAGAGGCUGGUUGAGGGAACUCUGCCCAGGCUGCAUGUGCUGGCCUGGCCCAGCCUGGAGGACCAUCCUGCCACCUGAGACCCUGACCCUAACCCCACACAUCACCUCCACCUGAUACCCCACCCAUCACCUCCACCUGAAACACCAACCCCCCACUACCUCCACCUGAAACCCUGACCCCACCUCCACCAGAUACCCACCAGUAGUGAGCUGCUCUCUCCAGCUUCCUGUCCUGCUGUUCUGCAUGGGCCUCACAGGUCUGAAGGGUACAUGGUAGAGUCCUACCUGCGUGCCAACCUCUACACAUCAGGCUUCUCUCUUCAAACCUGUCUGUAGAUAAAGGGCAGGGGACAAGGCUAGUAAACAGCUUCAGUCUGUUGAGAUGUGGCCUCCUGGAGCUGCAGGCUUCAUUACAACCUGGUGACCAGACACCUUCCGUUGUGUGCUGAAUUUCAGGAAAUGUGACUUUCCAACUUAACUGAUUUGAAUCUAGCCCUUACAAUGCCUUCAUGUUAGCAAAGGGAGACGGAUCUUAGUAAUGGUACAAUGAGGGAGAUCUCUGACAACAGCAUAGGCAACCGUUUAAUAUAUAACAUAGGGUGCAGGCAGGUGGUGUCCUGUCACUGCACACUGACUGAUGCUGGUUGGUGUCUCUGGGCUUGACUGCUACUGCUGCACUGAUGCUGGUUAGUGUCUCUGGGCUUGACUGCUGCACUGAUGCUGGAUAGUGUCUCUGGGCUUGACUGCUGCACUGAUGCUGGUUAGUGUCUCUGGGCUUGACUGAUGCACUGAUGCUGGUUAGUGUCUCUGGGCUUGACUGCUGCACUGAUGCUGGUUAGUGUCUCUGGGCUUGACUGCUGCACUGAUGCUGGUUAGUGUCUCUGGGCUUGACUGCUACUGCUGCACUGAUGCUGGUUAGUGUCUCUGGGCUUGACUGCUGCACUGAUGCUGGUUAGUGUCUCUGGGCUUGACUGCUGCACUGAUGCUGGUUAGUGUCUCUGGGCUUGACUGCUGCACUGAUGCUGGUUAGUGUCUCUGGGCUUCAGGGAUGUGAACCCGCUGCACUGUUAUGCACUGACUCUGUCUGGAGCUGUUCAGAGUGUAAAGGUCACUUUUCAAUCAAUGUAGGUUGCCAGGUUGCUUGCAAAAAAAUCCUCCCAAUUCUCAGAUUACCAUUUUCUGAGUGAAGGGGUGAUUUGGGAGAAUUGUGAACUAAAUUGUAAAAGUUUAACAAGAUUAUUUAAAAUAAUAAAACCUGGCAACUUGACUGUGAUUGAACUGGGACAAGUUCUGCUCAGACCUAGCUAUCAGGCUGGAUCUCAACAGCGUUUUGUUUUUAUUUCUUCAGAAUAUGUUUUCUGUUAUCAUGUCUUAAUCAGACUAGAUGGUUCCAUCUCCCAAUAUCUUUGAAUUUUUUCACUCAUCCUUCAUUUCCAGCCAGUGCUCUUAACCACUACGUAUCUUAAUGCAUGGAAGAUUAGCAGAACUUUACGGUACACUAUUCGUUAUACUAGCUGACGCUGUUAAUAAAUAGGUAAAAUGCCUCUUUUAUCCACUGUCUUUACUGAAUGAUUUGCUGCUUACUAAAUGGAUACACAAUAUCUGUCUCAUUAUCAUGUUAAUGGACGGUUACUGGACCUUCAACAUCUUUGAAAACAAAACUGUCAGGUUUGAAAUGUUGUGUUGAAAGGGGAAAUUAUCGGUAGCAAGUCAAUUUUUGAAAACGUCUGCGUAAGGUAUAUUUAUGAAGUUGUCGAUAAUAUAGAAUAAAGUGUUGUAAGAUAUUUAUUUCUUGUUUUUCAUGUGCUUCUUAACACAAAUAAAAUUAAGUUGAUUUAAA